UGAGUUCUAAGGCAACACCGUCACAUGUUAAUGUUUUUAUUAAUCAUAAUUGAUCAUAAUUACUUUAAAACAAUUAAAGAAAUCAGAUAAAUAACUAUGGCGAAUGAUCCUCUCGAUGAAAUGGUGCAGUUCCUACAACCGGAGGCGAGGAUAGACUUAAAACACAUAUCACUAGAUCACUUACUAGGUUUGUCUGGUUCAGAAGAUGGUAUAAAAGCUUUAUUGAAAAGUGAAAAGUUAAUACGAAGUAUUAUCGAAUUAACAAACGAUAGAGUUAAUGAAAUAGCCAGAAAUUCAUUGUUAUUACUAGUUAACUUAACAGCAAAUGCUAAAGGUGCUUCGGAAUUACUCAACUAUAAAACGAUUAACAAAAACAUUAUCGAAGUUUUAGUAGGUUAUGUUAAGGAUCAACAGAAACAAGACGCCGAUGCCGUAUGUAUGAUAUUAUCAAACAUCACAAGGCCGGAGAACUCGGUCGAGUUGUGUGUUGACUAUUUAAUGCCUGAUCUUAACGAUUUGUUGAAUAUAUUUGUCAAUACAAGCUAUAAUAAAAAAGGGUCAAAGUUACAUUACUUAUCGCCGAUGUUCAGUAACCUUAGCUGUUCUCCUAGGAUAAGGAAUUGGCUCACAAAAGAAAACCCCCACGUACCUCUAUUAAAGCUUUUACCGUUUUGUAAUUACGAAGAAUCUGUUAUCAGACGAGGUGGAGCUAUUGGGACAGUAAGAAACUUAUCAUUUGAUACAGACUAUCAUGAGUUUCUACUACGUAAUGAUAUUGAUUUAUUAACAUAUUUACUGUCGCCACUGAUGGGUAACGAAGAAUACCCUGACGAUGAAAUGGACAAACUACCAAUUGCGUUACAAUACUUGCCGAAAGAGAAGAAGAGAGAUGCCGACGUUGAUAUACGUAAAAUGGUUAUAGAGACGUUGAACAAGUUGUGCGCUCAACGGAAAAGUAGAGAGAUUCUGAGAGAGAAUGGAGUUUAUUAUGUGCUUAGAGAGUAUCAUAAAUGGGAGAAAGAUCCGAAUGCAUUACUGGCAUGUGAAAAUGUUGUAGAUAUACUGAUACAGAAGGAACAUGAAGUUGGAGCUGAGGAUUUAACAACAGUUGAAGUUCCAGAUGAUAUGAAGGAGAAGUUUAAAAAAAUGGAUGAAGAAUAUAUAAAUAGUGUGCAAUAAAAAUUAUUUAAUGUAAA